GAUAAUACGGAACAGCUGCGGCUACCAACACCAACAGAUGUGGGAAGACAUCAAUCUGUUGGUAAACAUUACCAUCUGUACACAGACUUUACGUAAGCCAAAUCGACAACAGAAUCUGGUGCAGCAUUAUCAUCUCAUGGAGUUAUUUAUUAAGGCUGAUGGAUUUGAAAGUAUGAAAACUUCACUGAACUACAAUGGAAAAAAGAUACUGCACAGUUUUACAACAGGUUGAUCAAAAAACUACUCUUGAUUUUGUUGACAAUACUGAGAAAUUAAAGGAUGAUAUAUUAAAACCAACAGACUAUGGACAUUUAAAUAAUCUCCAAGAUGAGAAGAAUCCAGAAAACGAAAGCAGUGAAGAUUGUGAGAGAGAUAAGAGUACAUUGAAACAAACAGAAAAUUGUUUGUACGAUGAUAUUUUAGCCAAACUGGAACAAAAGAACAAGGAAAAUAAUGAUGAUGAUUAUGGAAGUGAGGGAGGAAGUUGUCCGAUGUACUAUGGCAUCAGGAGCUACCUCCACAACUUCUACUGUCCUCCUGACAAAGAUGUUCUCAGCAGUGGAGAGUUUACACAGGGUGACGAUUAUCCCUUCUUGGUGGAGCCUCGAAGAAGGAAGCCAUGGUGGGUUCGACUCGGUGUGUGUGUGGGGCUGAACCUCAUGCUGGUCGGAUUGAUCACAACACUGGUGGGUUACUUGACACAUCCAAGAGAGGCUGUGGUGGGGCAGCUGGGAGGUUAUACAGUCCUUGACAAGAAGGCAGUUAGCUUCAACCACCGCCUUUUGCUCUGUCAGCUGAUUGGUUUAGUUACCUUUGUCAGUGGCACAGUCACUGUUGUCUCCUGCCUGCUCAUCUACAGCUGUCGCUCCAUUGCCCACUCGGCACCCACCACCCCACAGCCUACAUAUUGGGUGGUGCCACAAAGCUUUGUCUGCAGCCCUAAUGCUGACCCUGGAAAUCACUGGAGCUUUUACCGCAUCCCAACUUAUGGGACAGUCAAAAGCAUUCAGCCAUCUUCAAUUAUACUUCAUUAAAUAAAGGUUAACUUGAAAUUGUUUUUAAUAAAUUUAAAUUUAAUCAUAA